UAGUGUGUUAUUUUAAUCAGGUGCAUUUUGGCGAAAUUGAUGAAAAUAGAAUUGGCUUUAUGUAUUUUAGUUUAUUCAAUCAAUUUUUUAGUUUUUUUUGUUUUUUUUUGCAAUCUAUUAAGCUUUUUUACUUUUUAUUGGUAAAUCUUUUGUAUUAUCUUUUGUCUUUAUCUCUAUUUUAAUCAAACGGUUCCAACCAUUUCGUCGAGUUAUUUUUUUUUAUUUUUUUACCUUAAUUAUUUUGAACAUCUUCUAUUUGAUUUAUUUCAGUUACUUUUAUUGAAAAUAUAGUUAUCUCCUCAAUUUACUUUUUAAAUCGUUUAUUUGGAUGGAAACUAGUAAUUCAUCGUUAAAGUGCACUAGCACUUCAAGUAAUGUGAAUAUGUCGAAAACCGUUAGCUUUGCUUCACCGAAUAGUCCUCAAAUACAGUCUAAUACGCCAUCUGACUCGGCCUCAAAUGACGGAGUUCCCAAAUGUCCAGGUUGUGAACAAUUGAAGAAGGAACUUAAAGUUACGAAAGAAACGUGGAAGAAUCAUUGCAGAUCCGAAGUGUUGAAAGCUACUAAAAGGGUUGGGGAUCGUUAUGAAGCCGAGAAGAAGAAUAAUAUUUUAUUGACAAAUAAAAUAACUGAGCUUUCUAAUGAUAUUAAAGUAAAGCAAAAAUUAUGUUGUGACGCCAAUUUAAAUGACGUCACUUGUCAAACUGACCUUUCUGGAGAUAAUGCAACAAAUAUAAUCGCUCAUAUUGAGGAAGUCGUCAGUAAAAAAGCUCAAUUAAAUGCUGCAAUUGCUCGUCUUUUGGAAGUUGCCAAGCCAUCAAACUCUCCUGCUUCUGUUCCAAAUGACAUUCAUUUUAUUGGCGAAAAUUUUCAGAACUCUACUUGCUCGAAGCGUAGAUUAGAAAGAUGUGACACUUUAUCUCCUCCGUCAUGGGAACAAAAUGAUGAUACUGUUACUUGUAAUGGUGCUUAUGAUUCUGACAUUGAAUUUCUGGAAGAAACUUAUCCUCAAGGACCAAAGGCUUUUACUCCCGAGAAGAAUGAUGGUGGUGGUUUGUUUCAGCCGAAUUCGGUUAAAUCGCAUAGAUCUCGAAAGCGUCGUCUUUUAUCUGGGAAAGAAAAUGAAGUUCAUCUUAAUGGCGAUGCUGAGAUUCCGAUUUUAUUGAAUAACACUACCGACGUUAACAGUGAAAGUUCAAAUACUCAUCGUAUGAUUGUAGCUUUCAACGAAUUUCUUCAAGAAUUUGGGUGCGAUCCGUCAAAAACUUCUUUGGAUCUUGUAACUGAAUUUCUUACAAAAGAGUCUUUGUCAUCUAAUUUUGAUUCUAUGGAUGUUGACUGUAUUAAGGAUGUUCUCAAGGAAUAUGCUGACGAUUAUAUAGAUAAGUUGAGGAAGAAUUAG